AUGGCGAAAAUGGCUUUUCAGCACCAAGCCGGAACGGCUAUGGAGUGUCUUAGCAUACCUAUAACUCUACAAAAAGAGGCUGGUGUUGAUGCUGAAGGGCGCGAAGUUAUGAAGUGUGGCUUUAAGAUCGGUGGUGGAAUAGAUCAAGACUAUCGCAAAAGCCCUCAGGGCUAUACUGACAAUGGUAUAUAUGUAACUGAAGUACACGAAGGAAGUCCUGCAGCAAAAGCAGGAUUAAGAAUGCAUGAUAAAAUUUUACAGUGUAAUGGAUAUGACUUUACUAUGGUGACACAUAAAAAGGCUGUAAGCUAUAUAAAGAAACAUCCAGUAUUAAAUCUUCUUGUUGCAAGGAAAGGUGUCACAUCUACAUAA